CCAUUGCUAUUAUGUCUAAAUUCCAUAUCUGUUAAUAUAUUCCAGUCUUAGGGUAGACGCAGUUUAACCUCGCACGCUUGAAUUGCUCAAAAACAUCUCCCAAUUUUACGCUACUAACCAUUUCUCUCUCUCUUUCUCUCUCAAAUUGUUUCUUCUUCUUCUUCCAAGGAAAAAAGGGUCAUCAAUCGUGAAUCAAAACACUAGUCUUUCCAAUCGCCUCCCGCUGUUCUUUCCUCUGCACAACAACACAGGUCGUACGUAAUCUGUUCUUCUUUCGUUUUACUGAUGUGAAGAAGAAGAAGAAGAAGCAGCUUUACUAUUACUACUAGAACACAUAAUAGUAAUAAUGUCUGGACUGAUUGAAGGUCUACCGGAUGCUGUUGCUCUGAGAUGCUUAGCUAGGGUUCCACUGUUUCUACACCCGACUCUUGCACUUGUAUGCAGGUCAUGGAAAGCGGCAACCCGCAGCCCUGAACUAUUCAAAGCCCGUCAAGAGAUCAAAUUUGUGGAGGAUUUCUUAUGCGUAUCUGCCUUUGACCCGGAGAAUCUCUUCCAGCUCUAUGAUCCUGCCCGAGAUCUCUGGAUGACCCUACCCGUCCUUCCCUCGAAAAUCCGCCACCUCACCCACUUCGGCUUUGUCUCCACUGCCGGAAAGCUCUACGUCCUUGGCGGCGGUAGCGACGCGGUGGACCCAUCAACAGGGGAUCACGACGGAAGCUUCGCGACCAAUGAGGUCUGGUCGUAUGACUUCUUCGCCAGGAAGUGGUCCCCGCGCGCGCCUAUGCAGGUCCCGCGUGCGAUGUUUGCUUGCUGCGUGCUGGACGGGCAGAUAGUGGUGGCGGGGGGAUUCACGAGCUGUCGGAAAUCGAUAUCUCAGGCGGAAAUAUACGAUCCAGAUAAGGAUGUGUGGGUCCAGAUCCCCAAUCUCCACCACACGCAUAACUCGGCCUGUGAGGGUGUGGUUGUACAGGGUAAGGUGCACGUGUUGCAUAAGGGGCUGUCGACGGUUCAGGUUUUGGAGGAUGUGAAGAUGGGUUGGACAGUUAGGGAAUACGGUUGGCUUCAGGGUCCUAUGGCAAUGGUUCGAGGGUCGCUUUAUGUUAUGAGCCAUGGGAUGAUAUUUAAGCAGGAAACGCAGUCUAGGAAGGUGGUGGUAUCUGCAUCGGAGUUUCGGAGGAGGAUUGGAUUUGCAAUGAUGGGAAUUGGAGAUGAUGUUUACGUGUUGGGUGGGGUGAUUGGGCCGGAAAGAUGGAACUGGGAUAUUGAGAAGCUGUCGGAUGUGAACGCGUUGACUAUAGGGAGCGAGAGGCCCGUUUGGCGACAGUUAGCGGCCAUGACCAGGUGCAGUGGCACCAUUUUGGGAUCGACUGAGCUGAGAAUUUAGUGUCUUUGAAUGAAUGAACUCGAAUGAGAUGAUGUUGGGUUAUUAUGACAUACAUCUUUUUCUUUGUUUCUUGUGGUUUUGAACUUAAAAAAAGGCAUCAGCAGCAGUAUCUUUUGUCUUCUGCUUCUUGUGAUGAACACUUUGGAUUGUAGAUGAUGGGACCAUCUUUCUGUCUUUCUUUAGAUGUUAAAACAAAAACAAAAAGGCAAUUCUAAUGAAAUUGUUGAACGUUACCUACUAUGAUUAGAUAGAUAGAUCUAUUGUGGUUUAUUUUUCUA